GGUAGAUGGAGAUAAGGCCUGUAUAUAUUCUACGUUUUGCAAAUAUUCCCUAAGCUCUAUGUUUUUGUAUGUUACUAUCUGCCACUAAAUUCGUAUAUUGAUUAAAGUAAAACUGACGAUCUGAAGGUAACUUGUAUUACUAAAGAUAUAACAGCGUCAUUUGUUCUCGUGGGUAAUACAGAUGAAAAGGUUAUUUGAGAGGAGAUUAAACAUGCGAUGAGCGUGCAUAUCGCUCGGUACAGGUGAAUAGCUGGACUUACUUGAGCAAGAUAUUGUUAAACAUACUGAUGCACAGUAUAGGAAAUUUGCCCAUGGACGCUAUAUAGAAGAUUUUCGUAUUUCAAAUAGUUGUUAUAAAACUAUCCUAGUGUUCGGAAUGAUUAUCUGCGCUGAUGGAUUAAUUCAGAAGUUACACUGAGUAAACCUAAAUAAAUGAGGAUUCUGUAAUUAGAUUCAGUCAUCUAUAAAGUGUGUCAUGUGGAGACCACUUCAAUGAUGAAGUCGUAUCUAUUGACAUGAAAAUUGCUUAACGAUCAGAAAAUAACUGGCCUCUUUCUUGGAAACGUAUUGACGACAUGUAGUUGCCCACCUUGGUUUCAGUGUAAUUUUGAGAUGGCUUAGAAAUGUAGACGCGAAUCACGAUACAGCGGAUACAAGAACGUAUGUAAUGUCGAGGAGAAAUGUCAGAUAAAGUUGCCCCUUGUCCUGUGACAAAUGGUGUCACAAGAGCGAUUGACAACCAGAAACCGCCCGACUGUUCACAGGAUUGCUGCAAAAAUCAGAAUUCCACAGACAUGAGUAACACUGAUAUGGGCAAAUGCCCAAUAAUGUCUGGAAUGAUAGGUAAAAUACAAGAGAACGGUAACGGUGGCCAAACAGACUCACCAGCAAAUGUUUCAGAUACAAGUACUACCGUAGCAUCAUGCAAUUCUUGCAGCAAGAGUGUGCCAACAAAACCAGUUAGGUCUUCAAGUGGUUACGCCUUGUUUCAAGACUCCAAUGCGGGUCUUACUUCAGGGAAUAGAAAGACUAGUAACAUAUCAAACAUAUCAAUGACGUCAUCGUCAGCUGGUUCCGAUGAGACGGACGAAAAGAAAUUAGACUUGCGAUGCCUUAUUGAGAGUGUAGGCACACUUCUUAUCCCAGUUACUGGGUUCAUGUACAGAGCAUUGAACAAUCUUCUUAACAAGGAACCGUCCAGUUUGAAACAAUUAAUGUCUACAUGUUCAUCAGCUACAGGGUUUGAAGACAAAAUGGAGAAUAUUGAUAUGCGCCACCAGCCUGUAGAUGAAUGUUCACUUCUGGACAUCAUUAGCCACUCUGCUCAAAUUCUUCAGAUGAAUGACCACGAAUUUAUGCGACAUCUAGGUGAGGAAUAUUUCCGUUUGUGCCUUUUGGAAUAUGGGGAUGCCAUCAGAAUGAUGGGCAGCAACAUACUCGAAUUCUUCAGCAAUCUUGAUGGUUUACAAACUUACAUAACGUUAUCGGAGAAAUUUAAGUCACAGGUGCCACCUUCAUCAAGAUGCGAGUACGAGAAUAACAAGAUGACUCUUCAUUUCUAUACUGAUAAAAGGGAACUUUUAGAAUACUAUGGUGGCAUUGUUGCAGGAAUAUCUAAAUAUUUAUUUCAAAGGGAAGCUGAAGUGACAGUUAGUUGUAGCAAUACUCCCGGCUCUUUACAUCAUAUUAUUAGUGUAAAGGUUGAAGAUGAAAGGUCAACCCCACAAUGUAAAAUAUGUUCUCCGCAAGAGAGUGCUAGCAAAAAAGCAUCUGACAGUAAAAUAAGCACGACAACAUUUUGCAAAACAUUUCCCUUCCAUUUUAUUAUUGACAAAAAUCUUGAUAUUAUUCAAAUUGGGGAGGCACUGUGUAAACAUGUAAACACGGCAAAAUCAACCAGCAAAAAGAGGCUGUCUUUACAUUUUGAAGUGCUGCGACCACGAAUUGAGCCGCUGACAUACUCGGCAUUGCUCUCACAUGUAAAUUUUAUGUUUAAUCUCAGGACAAAACAAGCAGACAAACAUUGUAAAAGUCAGACGAUGGAGCUUAAAGGCCAGAUGAUCCAACUACCAGAGAUCGAUGGCAUCCUCUUCCUGGGCACACCAAGUGUAGAAAAGCUUGAUGAAUUGAUAGAAAAAGGUCUUUAUAUUUCCGAUCUUCCUAUACAUGACGCCACUAGAGACGUCAUAUUAGUAGGAGAGCAAACAAAAGCCCAGGACGGUCUGCGCCGACGUAUGGAAGACUUGAAGAAGAAUAUCAUAGAAGCAAGUGCUGCUGUGGAAGAAGAAAAGAGAAAAAAUGUCGAACUUCUGCGCAUGGUGUUUCCGUCAAAUAUAGCUGAAAAACUGUGGAGAAAUGAGAAAAUAGAACCUCAGUGUAUAGAUAAUGUGACGAUACUGUUCUCUGACAUCGUUGGCUUUACUUCUAUCUGUUCUUCAUGUACACCUAUGGAUGUCAUCAAUAUGCUGAAUUCACUGUACACAAAUUUUGACAAUUGUUGCGGAUUUCUGGACGUUUAUAAGGUAGAAACUAUCGGAGAUGCGUAUUGCGUUGCAGCUGGUCUGCAAAGGCCAUCAAAAUACCACGCGAUGCAAAUUGCUUGGAUGGCCAUUAAAAUGAUGGAGUUUGCAAGUCAACAAAAAUCACACGAUGGUAAAGUUAUACAGAUGCGUAUUGGUUUGCAUACGGGUAAUGUGCUGGCCGGUGUGGUUGGAGUUACUAUGCCUAGAUAUUGUUUGUUUGGAAACAAUGUCACUCUCGCUAACAAAUUAGAAUCGGGUAGUGAAGCGACCAAAAUCAACGCAAGUCCAACAACGGCAAGGUUGCUGUAUGAGGGAUUCAAGCUGACGCCAAGACCACGUGAAUGUCUUCCACAAGGGUUCCCAUCUAAUAUUGAAGGAACUUGUCAUUUUGUUGAUACCUAUCAGUUUCCUUUUACAGAACUUCAAAAUGACCUUACAACCGCAAAACAUAUUGAACUCGCUGUAAAGCAUUAUAAGAUAAAUGAGAUCAACUAGUCUUAUAUAUGAUGUUAUUCUUGGCUGCGUGAUAUAUUUUCUCUUAUUGUGCCGAAAUACAUUUUCCUAAUUCAAGUUUUUCUGUUCCCAGUAAAUAAGGACAGAACACACUAUUGGUGCUUUUCCCUGUAGUUAGCAUUAUACACUAUGACAGUUUUAUCUCGAUUGCGAAGAUUUAAUUAAGGAACAGUACACCAGCCGCCUUUCGAUUCGCAAGUUUAUUAUCUUUUUUUCCAAAUAGGAAACUGGAAAUAUAAAUAAAAUAUAUACGACAGAAAUACGAAAUUAACCAAUGACAUUCUGUCUGUUGUCAAUUUCUUAUACAGUUUUCUUUUAAUAUUUAAUAUUCGAUCUGAUUGAAAGUGAUAUUAUCAUCGGCGGCUUAUGUCUCAAACAAUAUUAACACAAGACAGGCCAUUUGUUCCCAUAUAACCCAUAUAUGAUACUCUCCAUAAUUCAGCCAUACAUCCAAGCACAAUCAUGUGCAUUUCUAUAUUCUAAAAUGAAAGAUAAUCUUCAUACAUAGUUGCUUCUUUCUCUUCAAAGCUAGGUCUCUUUUCUCCAAAGGAGUUAUUGUAAUAUUAGUACUAAGGUCCUGACUGCAAUCUCUGUUGUAGUAAUUAAUUUGUCCAGUUGUCACGGCUGGCCCAGACGGAUGGAACCAGGCAAGAUUGUUUACAAAGUAUGUUCCUAUCUGUCCUUCAGCAGGUUGUAUGGUUGAUAUACUUUCUUAUACGCCUGGACCACUUUGAGAAGACAAAUGACGCCCCAUUUCAAUGCAGCUUUAACUACAGCUUAGUUUUGCUACAAGUAGACAAGAAAAUACAUUAAACGUCAGAAAUGUAUAAUAAAUUAAACGCAUUAAACAUUUGAAAUGUAUUAUGUCAGAAACUGCAAAGUUACACAUUUUACAUAUCUUUUUGGCGGCGAGUUCGUGUUCGUUUAGGCACUUGUUUAGCGACUUAUCUCUACCUGGUUUAUAAUACUAUCAAAUCCACUCAUAGCUAGAUGGGAAUAUUCUAAUUUCUAGUGAAAAUGAUAAUUACCAACAGCCCAAAAGAAAAAAGUUACUAGAAAAAUGUUUUGUUUAAUGUAAAUGUAAUAUUAUUAAUUGAAGUUAACCCCAUUCGAUGACAGAUCAAUACAAUGUUACAUAAAUUUGUUGAUAAGACAUCUUGUUAAGGUGAGAAUUCCAUUAGUAAAUAGCCCGUCAAGCAAAAUAAUGUCUUUUUCUUUCUCAGUAUCAAGCCUUAGAAUCUAUUUAUCAGUUAUCUAUAUUAAUUAUUCAAAAGAAGUAUUUUAGUUGUUGUUAGUUAUUCUAAUAAAUUAAUGAAACCUUUUAGGAUAUUAAUUGAACCUAAAGAUUGUGGUAAAUAUUUUCACAUUGUAUGAUAAGCAGUCUUCAAUUAAUAGAUAUACUUAUUUAUAGAACUGUAGAGAGAAAUGAACACGACGGCUUGUUUAUAGUACAAAAUAAAUCGUAUUUAUUAUUGUUAUUCGUUUUUGUUAUCAAUUUCUUUUACAUCACAUGUUAAACUUUUUUUCUGAUAUAUUAGAAGGUUUUUUUUUAAGUUGAAUUUUUCUUAAUCAUAUAUUAUUUCUAAAGCCCCCUGGAUAUUCUUACUUAUGUUUUUGAUAAUACGUAUAGUACAUGUAUGAAAUUUCUCAUAUAUUGGAAAGAAUAUAAUAAUAGUGCAAAGACAUCAUGUUAUUCAUUUACGACCUUUACCCAUUUUCAAAAAGUUCACAGAAACACAGAUGCAUGUUUUGUUUUUAUUCAAAGACAAGUAAGUUACUUAGACAAAGAAGUUACCUUUUUCUUGUCUUACAAUCAAAUUCGAUUGUUUGCAAAUUCUAGACAGUUAUGUGUACAUUUUACCGUUUUAAAAUUGGGCUGAUGUGUAAGACGUUUCAUAAUGUGUAUGCUUGAGAAUUUUGAAAGAUGUUGUUAAAGUCUCGAGCGGGGCAUCUAUAAUAAUAACAUUGUUUUUGAUAUAUGUAAAAACUAAAUAAAUAUUGUUUAAACUUAUUUUCUAUUUAUGUAUUAAAAUAUUAUGAAAUA